AUGUUACGUUCUGUUGUUGGCAAAAGCGCUUUAAAAUCAUUCAAUUUCGUUGCUAAGCGUACAUAUGCGGAGGCUGCUGCUGCAACAUCAGGUUUGAAAUUGCAAUUUGCUUUACCGCACGAAACUUUAUACAGUGGCUCCGAGGUGACUCAAGUAAAUUUACCUGCUAAAUCAGGACGUAUUGGUAUAUUGGCCAACCAUGUUCCCACUGUCGAACAGUUGCUUCCAGGCGUCGUUGAAGUUAUGGAAGGCUCUAACUCCAAGAAAUUCUUUAUAUCGGGUGGCUUCGCGACAGUCCAACCGGACUCCCAGUUAUGUGUGACUGCGAUUGAGGCUUUUCCUUUGGAAUCUUUUUCACAAGAAAAUAUAAGAAACUUGUUAACCGAAGCCAAGAAGAACUCUAGUUCGUCCGAUGCUAGAGAAGCUGCAGAAGCUGCAAUUCAAGUAGAAGUUUUAGAGAACCUUCAAUCUGUAUUAAAAUAA